AUCUUCAUCCUCUUAUCCUUCUUCUUCGCUUUACACUGCAAAUACUUCAACUCGGUGACUUAACUCAGUCGAUGGCACUGUUAAAUCCUCAACUCGAGAGAUUUCUGUCAACGAAGCUCCGUUAUGGCGGCUCCAACUUCAAAACCUGUAGCAAGAACACGAACAGCUUCGUUCCGGCGAGACCGAUAAGCCAAUGCUCCGCUAUUGCAAUAGACGCGCCGUCUUCUUUAGCUGACGCCGGUGGCAUCCGAUUGGGCUCCACGAGCUUGCAGGGAGCUCGUGAAGAGAUGGAAGAUAAGGUAAUUAUUCGGUCAGAUGGUCUUGUUGAUGGAUUCUCUUUUGCCGGAGUUUUUGACGGUCACGGCGGUAUCGCUUCUGUCAAUUUUCUCAGGGAUGAGUUUUACAAGGAAUGUGUUGCAGCUUUACAAGGUGGCUUGCUGUUAACUGUGAAAGAUUUCAAUGCUACAAGAAAAGCAUUGGUAGAAGCAUUUGAAAAUGUUGAUAAAAAGUUGUCAAAUCUGCUUGAAACUGUCGACGGAGAUGAAUCUGGUUCAACAGCCACCGUUAUGUUCAUUGGAAACAAUAAGCUCAUCGUUUCACAUAUUGGUGAUUCAUGCCUGGUUCUAUCUCGUUCCGGCAAAGCUGAAGUGUUGACUGAAUCGCAUAGACCUUAUGGAAGCAACAAGGUCUCUCUUCAAGAAAUCAAAAGAAUCAGAGAAGCAGGUGGCUGGAUCGUCAAUGGAAGAAUUUGCGGAGAUAUAGCUGUAUCACGUGCUUUUGGUGAUAUAAGAUUCAAGUCGAAGAAAAACGAGAUGCUGCGGAAAGGAGUCGACGAAGGGAGAUGGACUAAAAAAUUCAUUUCUAGAGUUCAAUUUAAUGGGGAUUUGAUGACUGCAUCUCCAGAUGUAUUUCAAGUACCUCUGGGAUCGGAUGCGGAAUUUGUAAUGUUAGCAUCUGAUGGUUUAUGGGAUUACAUGAACAGCUUAGAUGCAGUUUCCUUCGUUAGAAACCGACUUCGUAAACAUGGAGAUGUUCAGCUAGCUUCUGAAGAGCUCGCACACAAAGCCUUGGAUUUACGUUCACAAGACAACAUUAGCAUCGUAAUUGCUGAUUUAGGGAAAACAGACUGGCAAAAUUUGCCUCUCCAGCAACAAAAUGUAUUGCUCGAGUUGGGGCAAGCAUUUGCUACCAUUGCUAUAGUGUCGCUGGGGAUUUGGUUGUCGUCUCAACUUUCUUUAUAAAUAAUCAGCUUCUGAUAGGUUCUGUAUAUAAAUCAACAUAGAUUUGUAUAUUUUUGGAUCAUAUAAGAAGAAUGCCAUAUGCUCAUCGUUAUGCUC